AUGUCCAUGCCCGAAACAGACAUCUCUGAUAUGUCCUCUCCUCCGCGUUCGGGUGAUGAUAACUCUGCGUCAUCUCGCCCUUCUCUUUCCUCUGCUGUUGGUUAUGUUCUGGGUGCUACUGGAACGGAGUCUACUGAAACUGUAUCUGCUGAGGUCGUCUUCUCUUCUACAGGUCCCUCUUCCGAGACUCUCGAUUCUACCGCCUCCCUCGACAUGACUAGAGGUCAAGGUCAUUUGCCUGUACCUCCAACCUACAUCCUUGAUGUCCCUACUACUGAUACUCCUGCUCUGAACAAAGCACAGCCUGCCGUCGCCUGCAUUGGCACACUUCGAGAAGAGCCAUUCUCAGGCCCUGCUCGCGGUUCGAGCCGUUUUGGCGGCUUGAUGGCCAAUGCAGGUGCACCUGCAGCCUCUGCUAUCAAAAGUGUCGCGGGUCUUGGCCAUGACACGAGUUUCGUUCGUAAGCCAUGUGCUAAGAACUCGGUUGGUCAGGAACGACAGGCCCAGCAACAGCAUCUCUGUGCUCGGUCCUUGCGGUCUCUGGAUCAAAUCUCUGGAUCCAGAGAGAGAUCCUCCCCCGCGACUCUGCCAGGCAUGGAGAUGCUGGGUGGACUUCUGAUGGCUGAUAACCAGGGAAACCAGGUGUCCAUGGACUCGGCGCAGGCUCAGAUGUCCCAAGUCCAUUCUCUGCGUGCUGGAAUCCAGAGAGCCGAGACCCAGACAGCAAACUCUCAGUUGCAAAGAUUCCAGCGGGCACAAAGCCAGCAGCUUGUGGUGACCCUUCCUGUGAACGUUGAGUUGGCUAAUGCUAGAGUUGAUCCGCCUGUUAGACAGCGACGGCCUGCAUUGGCCAAAGGUAAUGAAAGCCCAUCGUUCUUUCAGCGGGUGCUGGAUGAGCUGAACUCUGCUCGUGGUACCUCUCAAAGUGAAACCCAGCUCGUCCAUCGGCCAGGUAGACAGGAGCUGCCGGUUUCAAAUAUCCGUCGUGAUUACGCCAUGAGUGAGAGAGAAGAAUGCUCUGGCUUGGGUCAGAAAACACAGUCUGACCUCGACCUUAAUAUCGGUUGUUCCUCGGUCAACAAAGCGAGCGAGCACACCUCAGGUCAACCUACCAUGAACCACCAACCUUCUUUUGAUGGCAAAUCUUUUGGUAGGCUUACUUUGGCUGGUGACCACGAGUCAGAGAAGCUUUCUACAGGAUUUUUCAAACGUCCUUCUUCGGGGGUUUCUUACAAUGCUACUCCAGCUAAAAGACAGCCAGUGGCUUCUUUUUCUCCUCCUGCACCUGUGUCCUACUCUAACCGGACUGGGCUGAAUCUGGAUGGUCCCGCGCCCUCAGGCCCUGGAUGCAAGAGUACUCCAGGCAUAAAACAUGAAUUCAACGAGGCGUUGGACGGCUGGGGCAGCAUCCCAACUUACAGCUCCCCUUCUGUUUUGGGUAAUCCCAGUGCUCCAGGUGUUCCUUUUCAAGCCGCAAUUCAUCUGGUUGCUUCAGAUGAUCCUUUGGCUCAAUUGAAUCGAGAUGAGAUUUUGAACGUUGCCAACAGUCCCUUGCACCACAACCCCACAGAUUCAGAGCGUCAUAUUCACGUAAGUAAUAUUGUUCACUGA